CCCUUAUCCUUUCAGUUUAUUGCAGAGAGAGAGAGAAUUCACAGAGCAGCUGUAAUGGCGAUUCCAAUGGCAACGGCCACACCAACUGACUCCGUGAGUAGAGUUUGGAGCAUGUCUUCUCUCAGAUCAUCUCUUCCCUCAGCCGUAACUUGCCGUCUACCUUCCUCGUCCCCUCGCCGUCCCGUCACUCUCCGCCUCCCCAUCUCAACUCCUACAUCUCUCCCAUCUUUCUCCGGUCUCUCUCCGGUCAAUCCUCUCAUCUCAACCGGACUCCCAGGUUGGAAAAGUUUCGAGGACGGGUUCAAGAUAAUCGACGGUGGUGGUCGCGUGUACGCCAUGAGACACGGGAGGAGAGUCCCGAAGCUGAACAGACCACCUGACCAGAGGAAGGCUCUUCUCCGUGGGCUCACAACGCAGCUGUUGAAGCACGGGAGGAUCAAGACGACAAGAGCUAGAGCAAGUGCGAUGAGGAAGUUUGUUGAUAAGAUGAUUACGCUCGCUAAAGAUGGGUCUCUGCACAAGCGGAGGCAAGCUCUGGGGUACAUCUACGAGAAGCAGAUCGUUCACGCGCUGUUCGCUGAGGUUCCCGAUAGGUACGGGGAGAGGAAUGGUGGGUACACGAGGAUCAUUAGGACUCUUCCAAGGCGUGGGGAUAAUGCUCCUAUGGCGUAUAUUGAGCUUGUUUAAAUGUUUUGUUGUCCCUUUUUAUUGCGUAAUUGCUUGACGUUUGGUUUUGUAAUUGACGGACUUUGGUUACAUGUUGGUGAUGGUUCCUUUGA